AUGGUAAAGCGCUUCCAUUCACUCCUUACAGGCGUCCAGGCUCAAGUCAAGAACAUCCACGGCAAUAUGACAGCCGUCUGGUCCUUGUCCAUUCUCUCCUAUGAGCGCUACACCGCCGUGCUGCGUCCCUCGCAGGUCGACGUCUCAGACUUCAGGAAGACCUGGCUCUGCGGCGGCUCCUGGCUCUACUCUCUCCUCUGGACCAUGCUGCCCUUCCUGGGUUGGAGCAGCUACGGACCGGAGGGCCCCGGUACCACGUGCUCCGUCCAGUGGCACCUCCGGUCCGCCACCAGCGUCUCGUAUGUGCUGUGUCUCUUCAUCUUCUGCCUGCUGCUGCCUUUCCUGCUCAUGGUCUACUCUUAUGGACGAAUCCUGGUGACAAUCAGGAGGGUGGGUAAGAUCAAUCUGUUGGCCGCUCAGCGCAGAGAGCAGUGCAUUCUGGCCAUGGUGUUGUCCAUGGUGUCCUGCUACAUGCUGUGCUGGAUGCCCUACGGCACCAUGGCGCUGAUGGCCACCUUCGGUAGGUCUGGACUGGUCACUCCCAUGGCGAGUGUGGUUCCCUCUGUCCAGGCCAAGUUCAGCACUGUCAUCAACCCCGUCAUCUACAUGUUCUUCAACAACCAGUUUUACAGUUGCUUUGUGGCCUUCAUAAAGUGCAGCACGGAACCCGAGUCUGUUCACGGAGAGGAGCAGCCAACUUCCAGGACUCGGUUCUCCGGCUUCUUCCUCGUCCGCAGGCCUCCCUCCCUCAGCUCUUCGCAGCGUCAGAUCCUCGGCGGCUCCAGGAGCGCUGCCCUCUGCAGCCGGCACAAGGACCAGCACACUCUCGUGGUCCACUACACUCCUUAA